UAAAUAUGUUUUUCUUCUUGUGUGGAUCCAGCUGAAGGCUCUCCUGGGCUGUUUUGUCAUAGUCCAAGAACACAAUGGGGUUAGCAGGUCAUUCUGUGUCUUUGCUGCUGAUGUCCUUAACUUUUAGAGUCUCAGAUGCCAUCAGAGCUCUAAAAGAAGGUCCAAUGAUUGAUGCUGAAGGAAGGGAAUAUAAAUCUGUCAAUUUGGGAGACAACAGACCAAAUCACAGUGAAAAACCUACUGUCCGUGUACAGUGCACUGAGGUUUCUAUGAUCAUUUUCAUCCUGCCUGACUUCUACAACAAUGGCCGUCUAGUGUCACCACAGGACCUCUUUUUGGGCGAUGCCAAGUACUGGAAGAACAAACGGUGUCAAGCUAUUGACACUGGUGGUGGAAAAUAUGUUAUAGAAGCUGAGCUGCAGGACUGUGGAUUUAAGUUAACGGUAUCUUCAGAUGAUUUGAUCUACUCAAACAACUUGAUACUCUCUCCACCCAUCGGUUCCAUUGGCAUUACAAGGAUGGCUGAAGUUGUUGUUCCAGUUUCUUGCCAUUAUAAAAGGACCCACACUGUAAGCAGCGCUGUUCAGCAGCAGCGCCCAACUUUGUCCAUUUCAUCAAAGUUUCCUUUUGGAAGCUCUAUUUCUUUAAAGCUGAAAACGGAUGACUGGCAAGGUGAGAAGUAUUCCAACACCUUUUAUCUUGGUGACCCGCUGCACCUCGAGGCAACUUACACUGGUCUGGUCCAAAGAGAACUUUUUAUUGACCAAUGCGUUGCCACUCUGAUGCCUGACUCCACAUCAGUGCCCAGAUACUACUUCAUUGAAAACUAUGGUUGUUUUGUUGAUGCCAAAGUCGGGGGUGUACAUUCAGUCUUCCUACCCAGAUCAAAGCCCAGUUCACUUCAGUUCCAACUUGAUGCUUUCUCAUUUCAAAAUGAUUUAAGGAACACAAUGUAUGUAACUUGUAAAAUUAAAGCUAUACGCCAGCUGUGGAAGAGCAGCCCCACAAGCAAAGUCUGCAAUUACAUGCAUUCAAGCUGGAAGAAUGUGGAUGGGACUGAUAUGGUUUGUCAGUGUUGCAAAAGUGUUUGUGCAAAACGAAUGCCUGAAGAUGUCCUUUGUGACACUUUGACUCUUGGCCCUUUGAUAAUUAUUCCCAGGAAAUGAGCAAAGUGUCCAGAAACAAAAGUCUAAGCACCACAAUUACCCUGGCACAAUAAAACCGUGAAAGAAAA